AUGUUGAUAUCGGCGGGCAGUGGCCCCACGCCCGAAUUUUCCCCUGUCUCCUGCUGCGCCCCUUGGAAGAUGGAGCCAGCGCCCCCUGCACCCGCUGCCAUCACUCAACCCCUUAACAUAUCGCCAAACGUACCUGUAUCGCCGUCAUCAUCAGGCGGGGGCGCAGGUGGCGGUUCUGGUACUCCACUGUAUCCAGGCGCAGCAUCCCACCCUCUCUCAUCUUUGCUGUCGCAACAGAGGCUACUGGAACUCUCCCGCUUCGGGCUCAGGCAUUAUGACAUCGCGCAUCAUGUGCUCUCACAGCAAGGUGCUGUAACUAAGUUGCUUGGUACUCUUCGACCGCCUGGGUUAAUUGGUGGCAGCAAACCCAAGGUGGCAACACCAGCUGUAGUGUCAAAGAUAGAACAGUACAAAAGGGAAAACCCCACGAUAUUUGCAUGGGAGAUCCGAGAACGACUUAUAUCUGAAGGUGUAUGUACAAACGCGACGGCUCCCAGCGUAUCAUCUAUUAAUAGGAUACUACGAAAUCGAGCUGCGGAACGUGCUGCUGCUGAAUUUGCGAGAGCAGCCGGCUACGGUCUCUAUGCUGCUCCUCCACCAUACGGAGCGUUUCCUUGGGCUGGAGGCGGCGGUGUCUGGCCCCCUGGAGCUUUAUCCCUACCUCCUGGAGUUGGCGGCCCACAUUCAGGUGUGCCUCACCCUGACUCAGUUCAACAAGGUUUCUUGUCAUCUGCACGUGGUCUUAUUGAUGUGGACGGAGAUGACUCUGGAUCUUUAGACGGUGAACAACCAAAGUUUAGAAGAAAUCGCACUACUUUUAGCCAAGACCAACUUGAAGAAUUAGAAAAGGAAUUCGAAAAAUCCCACUACCCAUGCGUUUCUACUCGAGAAAGACUGGCUUCAAAAACAUCGCUGUCUGAAGCAAGAGUUCAGGUUUGGUUUUCCAACAGACGAGCCAAAUGGAGACGCCAUCAGCGCAUGAACCUCCUCAAGCGCGGUGGGGGCUCGCCCCCGCACCGCCUCCCCCAUUCUCCUUCCCGGUCCCGUUCGCGUUCUUUGUCCCCCGCGCGCGCUCCUUACCACACACCUCAGAUGGGCGGAGAAAAUAGCGCUUUCAAGGCUCUCUCGCACCAAGAUACUAAUGCCCUGAAGGCCUUUACGCAUCAAACACAGUUCGAUACUAACGCAUUGAAAGCGUUGGCGCAGCAGGCAACGUUCGACGGAAGCGCGUUUAAGCCUCAUCCCGCAUUAGAAAAUAGUGCUUUUAAAUCGCUCGUACCCCACUCAGCCGCUGCAGCGCUUUUGGCAGCUCAGUCUAUACAAUUAGCUCGAGGCUACGAGUCUCAUUCCGAUUCAGAUGAAGAGAUAAAUGUCCACGAUGAGAGUGACAAUGAAGGUGAGAGGCCAGGCAUAAGAAAAUCUAGAUCACCAAGCCCAUGCCGACAGAGACAGCCCACUUCCAACGACUUACCACUACAACUGACAAAGCACGAUCGUUGA